ACUCCUGGAGGAAGGCCGGCGGCCAGAAGGGAGCCGCGGCUCCGCGCGGCCGGCGCGGCCACUCGGCCCUGGUGUACCGGGGCAGCAUGCUGGUGUACGGCGGCUACCGGGACCUCAGGGGCUCCUCCAACGAGCUCUGGGCCUUCCACUUUGACACCGAGUCAUGGCACAUCAUCAGCUCGGGGAAGACGGUGAGCAAGUCGGACAGCAUCCCGCCGGCGCGCCACAAGCACUCGGCCGUGAUCCACGAGGACACCAUGUGGGUGUACGGCGGCAUGACGGACCUGAACGAGCGCCAGGACCUGUGGCGCAUCGACCUGCACCGCAAGCGCUGGCAGUGCGUGCGCGGCAAGCAGGUGAAGCAGGGCCCCGGGCCGCUGCACUCGCACGCCGCCUGCAAGCUGCCCGGCUGCAUGCUCGUGUUCGGCGGCGAGCGCGCCGGCCAGCCCUGCGCCGACCUGUGGCGCUUCCACUUCGGCACCGAGACGUGGGACCGCGUCGUGGUGGAGGGCCCCAAGCCCUCGGCCCGCGCCGAGGCCGUGGCGCUGUCCGUGUCCGAGCUGCUGCUCACGGCGGCCGCCGCCUCGUCGCUGUCCUCGCCCGAGGCCUCGUCCGCGGCGUCCCCGGCCGCGCGCGAGGCCCGCUCCCCGCAGCAGGACCCGCAGGAGCUGCGCCGCGUGCGCGCCGGCGGCUCCGUGGACCGGCAGUCGGACCGCAGGAUGGCCCUGCACAACAGGGUGUCGCCGCAGCAGGCGCCGCAGGAGAAGAAGUACGUGUUCAGGGCCAGUGCCACUAACUACGUGGACGGCAGCGAGGACAACAACAGGCGGAACGGGCUGCCCAACGGCCCGCAGGCGAGCACGCCGCAGAACGGCUCCAGCAAUCUGGGCUUCCUCAAAGAGAUCUCCAAGCUCUCCCAGAUCAACCUGAGCCGCCUCGCGCACCACAAGUGCAACUACUCGGUGCUGGACGCGGACGCGGGCGAGAGCACAGUGGAUGAGGACGGCCAGGACCAGGACGGCCCCUCGCCGCAAGCCGGGCCGCGCAGCGCGCCGCCGCACAGCCAGCAGCCGGGCGCCAAGCCCGUCUCCAAGCUCGUCAAGUCCCAGUCUGUGAACCUGAUCUCCCGCAGGCAGCGUCCCACCCUGUCGAGCAUCCCGAGGCGGAAGCCGCUCCCCCGAGACAACGCGUCCGUGCCAAACUUCACCACGCUGGCGUCCUCGCUGCCGACGCCCGUCCUCACGCCCGUCGAGGCCGCCCGGCUGGUGUUUCUGGACUCGGACGAGCCCGAGGACGACGAGGAGCUGUCCCCCCGCGGGGAGUACAUCCGUCCCGCGUCGCCGGGGGGCCCGGUGGGGCCCGGGACGCCCGUAGGGGGCGUCCUCGGGGGCAUCCCCAGCAGCGCGAGCAGGGACUUCAGCCUGCUGCACCAGCAGUUCACGCCCAAGCGCCGCUCCGAGUCGUACACCUCGCACCUGGGGCACGCCGCCGAGCUGCAGCAGCGGCAGCUGCAGGAGGAGCAGGAGCUGAUGCGGCAGCAGCAGCUGCAGCAGGAGCAGCUGCAGCAGAAGCACGGCAGGACGAUACCCAAGUCUGCGUCCGUGCGGUUUCAGCCCCACCUGGAAGAGGUGUCCGACGAAAAUAUCUCGAGCACAUCGGACUACGCGAGCAUCGAGACGGUCAACCGUCUGUCGUCCGCCAGCAACUACAGCGUCAGCAACAGACCGUCGCCCGUCGACUCAGGCAAGUCGUCGUCCCGGCCGAGCUCGGGUCGCAAGACGCCCAUCAAGGAGGGCCCCAUCAGCUUCUGCAACCCCAACUACGUGGGGCCGGAGGCGGCGCGGCGGCGGCAGCAGCAGCAGGCGCAGGCCGCCGUGCGCAAGUCCUGGCACGCGGGGAUGGCGCCGCCGGGGCUCGGCUCGCCCUCCGGGGCCUCCACGCCGCAGCAGGCGGCCGCGCGCCUGCUGAACUCCCCGCCCGACUCGCUGCUCGAGGACCCCCACGGCAGGUCGAGCAGCCGGUGCUUCCGCGAGGACCGCGACGAGGACGUGGUGGAGCUGCAGCAGAUGGGGUCCAUCGGGUCGCCGCCCAAGCGCGCGCCGCCGCAGUCGCUCGCGCUGCGGAACACGGCGCACCCGGCCUGCAACCACCACCACCAUCACCACCACCACAACAACCACGUGGCGCGCGGUGCCAACAAGUCCAGAGCGAGCAGCGCCUCCCGCGCCGAGCGCGGCCACGCGCGGACCGAUCUGGGCGGAGGGAACGACCAGGGCGACGGCGCCCCGGCGCGGCCGCAGCCCGCCGCGGUCUACAUGUUCGUGGUGGGCGGCAAGGAGCACGGCCAGGUCACGGUGUUCAGGCGGCCGCUGUCCGUGUGGAAGCUGCUCCUGCACCACUACGCUUUCUAGACAGCGCGCUGAGGCUCGUUUCAAAGCAGUUGCGCGGUUUCAGAUGAUGAGUUAGGUUGUUAUUCGGAGCAAGCAGAGCCUCUGGAAGGCCUAAGGCAAGACGUGUGUGUAUAUGUAGUGAAUAAAUGGACAAUCACCUUCCAGGGCCUCUGCUUGCUUUUCUCCAACAAAGAUUCUACUGCUUCCAGAGAACAAGCACUAACUUCCCAAGACAUGGGAUUAGUGCCAAAUUUUGUAUUCUUCCUUGAUAACUUCUAACUAGAUGUAGUUGGCCCAGUAAACAGAAUUCGUUGUCAAAAUGGGGUAAAAUUAAAAAUUCGUCUAUCUUGACCGUCUGCUAUGAUAUCAAGUUGACGUCAUAGAAGACGACCAAGAAGAUUAAGUUUUGAAGUGGUUUCAUUUUGACCAGUUGAUGUCCACUGAGGGUACUGUCCCUGAUCUCUUCAUUUAUUGUUAUGGCAGUAGAGAAGAAGCAAAAACGAUAAUUAUUGUGCCAAAGAAAUGUUUUUCUCAUUAAUAACUGACAGAAUGAAUUCCAUCUCUUGUAGGGUAGUUUAAGUAGUUUGUGAAAGUAUAAAUCAAAACUGCUGUAGUGGUAUGGCAUUUUUAGUGAGGAGGAACUGUUUAAACUUAUCUUCAUCGGUUUGAUAUUUUCCCAUUGUUAUUGUUAUAUUGCCAAAAAAACGACUCAUCUGAUAUUUUUUCCUUCUGAUUUCAGUAAUUUGUUUAGUUAUACAGCCAGUAAGUUAGUGUUAUGAAAGAAAACUGCGUCUUGGAGUACUUAAUAUUUUUUGUAAGUUCUACAAUGCACAAAAUUUACAGCAACUAACAUACAUUUUGUACCUAGUUUUUGUGACCAAAUCACCGUCCAAAAUUUAUUACUGAAACACUUGAUCUUGCAUUUGUUUUUGGUACACAAAUAAAAAAGUAGGGACUUUUUAGUAGGGCUAAUGAAACAUAAUUUAGUAUUGAGUAAUACAAUUUCCAUCUUCAGGAUAAACAUUUAAAGUUGAUUGCAUACAUAGACUGGAAUUGUUGAAGAUUUCCCCUCAGAUUUAAACUGGUGGAGCGCUGUCUGUUGUCCUUUAUUAUUCUGAUGACUGUUCAACAACUGUUUCAAGAAAUAUAAAAUUGAUCCAGAACUAAA